CCCUGCAGGUCCACGGCCGCCUGAAGUCCAGCACUACGCAGGCGCCUUGGCCAACUGCCCACCUCUUUCCAGGCGGCCCCCGGGACACACCCCUGCAGCUAGUGCGCAAGCGCCGCACGCCCAGCUCGCGACUUGCGAGCUCCUGACGCACGCCCGGGCGGCGGGAGACCGCGGAAUUUGCCGCCGGAUGUUCGGCGGCCGUCACCAAAGAGCUGCGCUCUCGGCUGGCUGGCUAGAGAGGAGUUCGUUUCCGCCCGCCACCGGGGGCGGAGUGGCGGCGAGGGGAAGGGGAGCGGCCAUCUUAGUUGCGCGCAAUUUAGGACUGUGGCGGGAUUGGCUCCUCGUCGGGGCUCGCCCGCCGCUGCCCACCUACCGGGGUCGGAUCCGGCGGGCACCUCCCAGCGGCGGACUCUUUCCCAGCUGCAGAAGCGCUUAAAUUUUGGAAAUAGCGAUCCCGUAUCAUGGCCAGCAGCACUAAUGAAGAUCCAGAAGGAAGCAGAAUCACUUAUGUGAAAGGAGACCUUUUUGCCUGCCCCAAAACGGACUCCCUAGCCCACUGCAUCAGCGAGGAUUGUCGCAUGGGGGCCGGGAUAGCUGUGCUCUUCAAGAAGAAAUUUGGAGGAGUGCAGGAACUGUUGAAUCAGCAAAAGAAGUCUGGAGAAGUGGCUGUUCUGAAGAGAGAUGGUCGAUAUGUAUAUUACUUGAUUACAAAGAAAAGGGUUUCACACAAGCCGACUUAUGAAAACCUACGAAAGAGUUUAGAGGCCAUGAAGUCCCAUUGUCUCCAAAAUGGCGUCACUGACCUCUCCAUGCCCAGGAUUGGAUGCGGUCUUGAUCGUCUGCAGUGGGAACAUGUGUCUGCGAUGAUUGAGGAGGUGUUUGAGGCUACUGAUAUCAAGAUCACUGUGUAUACACUCUGAAUGGAUGCACAUUUUGGGCGUGUCCAUGAUCUCCCUUGUCAUCCCUACUGGGCCUUAGGACUGGCAAACCGACUUUAAAUGGGCAAAGGAAAAUUUCAUGUGAAGUCGGUCUGUGUCACAGGCCAGUCUUGGUCACUGUAUUCCAGCACUUGACCUGGGCUCAGAUGGAGGGUUUCUUGGGAUAUGUUGCUGUGCUUUUCACAGGAUGUUCGAGAGAGAUGGCCUUGUUCCAGACAGGGAGACGGGUUACAACCUCAGUUUUGUAGUACGCUGGCGUCUCUGGCUGGCCACUAGGUGCCAGCAUUGAUUCUGCUUCUCUGUUUCCUGAGAGAAAUUUUAAGUGCUUUUGCAUUGGUUUGAUAUCUGGUGUCAUUUGUACACUGAAUUUUAAUUAUCCUCAUGUCGUUAGACUCAUCCUAGGAGAGGAAUACAGGUUUUGUUUUGGUUACAAAAUUGAGUUCUGUAUUGUUCACAGUGAAUGUGGGUGAUAAAAACAGAAGAAUAAAUAUUGGGGUUCCCUGAAGCUCUGUGCUUGUGCUGGUGUUGUUCUGGACUGGAGUCACAGGAUUCAGCUGUAACUUGAUUUUGAGGCACCCAGGAGCUCUUUGGAAAGAGUAACAAGAUGAAAAAUAUGAAGGGACAGAAACUGCAUCAGUGUGGUCAAAGGCAGGUGUUUGUGAUGCCUUUAUGAUGGACCUUGCUGUCUUCCGUCUGCCCCACUGUUUCUGUGAUUGUCUAAAUUUAAUUAUGAAAUAAAUAAAAUGGGAAAUAACUGGCA